AUGGCCCGGAGCACCACGCUGUGCUCCACCUGCCUCCUGAGCACCUCCCAGCUCUUCACUCUCAGCCCUGGAAGACUGGGGUGGACGGUGCUCCCGGAAGUUUUCCCCAAGGCCCUGGGUCCUUCCUGCAGCACCUGCUGGCUGCUCGGUGUCCUCAUCAAUACCUACGUUCCUGUGAAAGUCACUGGUCCACGGAGCGUAGACAAUGGAUCUGAGCCCCAGGGGUCCUGGUUCUGCUCCGGAUCAGUCUCCAGCGCUGCUGUUGUGGUCCUGUGGUUGGUGCCAGAUGCCAUCUUCAUCGGCCUCAUGGGCUGGGCCAGCAUCUCCAUGGCCCUCCUCCUGCAGAGACACCAGCAGAGGGUGCGGCAUCUCCACAAUCCAAGGGCCGGCCGGGGGUGCCCCCCAGAGACCAGAGCCACCCGCACCGUCCUGAUGCUCAUGGUCAUGUUUGUCAGCUUCUACCUGCUGAAUUCUAGCAUUGUGUUCUACAUGACUCUCUCCUUAGAAAACUCUCUGCUGCUGAUGCAGGUCUCUAAUGUCCUGGAGUCGUUUUUUCCCACUCUCUGCCCCUUCUUGGUGAUCCUCAGGGACCCAAGAAUGCCUAUAUUUUGUGCUCCAUUUUUCUGA